GUGACAACAGACUUGAAACACACGUCACAGCUCAGAGCAGCACGACACGGACACAGGGAGAAGUUUCGGGAUGUUGGAAAUGUUUCCUUUUUAAACCAUUAAAAAUGACUUCACCGCUUUCCACCCUGAGGAAGAACAGGAGGGCUCCUCUUCCUCACACUCAAGGUGAAAGAGACAGAAGAGGUCAGGCGGAAAGGAGCGAUGCAGAGUACGAAGCCUCUCUGCUCAGAAACCUCUUCCCCAUGAGACAGUCAGGGUCAGAGGUCACACCCAGCCUCAAUACUCCCAGGUCAAAGAUCACACCAAGAAGAGGUCCUCAAGAAGUUUCUCCAUCUGAUUUUGAGCUGAUGUCCAGCAUGAUGCAGAAACUCAAUCAGUUAGAGAGGAAAGUGACGUCACAGGCGCUGGACAUCGACAAGAAGAAAAGAAGAAUCUUGGAGCUGGAAGAGAAACUCAGUCUGCUUCACGAGAAGACUGACAGAGAGCAGCAGGAUGAUGAGGACAUGGACAGGAAGUGUCGCAGGCUGCAGCAGCAGGUGUGGGAGAUGGAGAAGUUUCUGAGUGAUUACGGGAUGAUUUGGGUCGGAGACGGAGAGAAAGAGGGCGUGGACAAUGAAGCUGUAAACCGACAAACAUCACAACAAGCAGGAGCCUCUUUGGUCAGGACCUUCUCAGUGAACUUUGACCUGGUGCUGCAGAACAUUCGGGAUCUAAACGUUCUCGCAGGAGAAGCAGGAACUCGCAUCACCUUCGUUCCUGGAGGAGCCAAACUGACGCAGCAGCCUGCUGUAGAUCUACAGCUCUACAGAAACGGCAUGCUGAUGUCCCACGGCCCCUUUAGAGCCUACACGGAACCACAAACACAGAGAUUCCUUCAAGACCUGAUGGAUGGAUUUUUCCCCUCUGAGCUACAGGACAAGUUUCCCGAUGGUGUACUCUUUCAGGUGGUUGACAGGCAUGAGGAAGAGUUCAGGACAGAGUUUCCAGGUAAAGGUCACACAGUUGGAAGGUCAGAACAGGAAGUGAUGCGUUACAGAGAAGAAAAAAUUGAAACACCUUUUCGCAACAGCUGUGAGCAAGAGAGGAAGUUGUCGAUGCAGCAGUUCCUGAAUAAACUCCCAGAGUGUGUGGUGAAAGGAGGAAAUGUGAUCAACAUUCGCUCGUCACUCAAACACCAUUUGCAGGGUUGUGAGAGAGCUGAGAGCUGUGUAUUGAGUUUAAUAGACACUCCUGCGUUACAGACUCUGAGAGAAAGACCAGAGUGUGGUGAAGUAUCUGAGAUUUCCAAACUGAAAGUAAAAUCGGAGGAUGGAGAAAAGACGUUCAUUCUGAAAAUGUUCUUCUCUGAGACAAUCGGACAUUUACGCCGAUACCUGGAUGCUCACAGGGGCUUUGGUGAACCUCACUAUGACAUCAUCAGUGCAUUUCCGCAUCAGUGUUACCAUAGCGACGACAACCAAACACUGCUACAGUGCGGUCUGACACCCAACGCUGCCUUGUUGUUGAGGCUCCGCCCACCAGUGACAUCAUAGGAAUGCAACAAGGAUAAAGAUGAUUCAAAGAUUUUAAAUACAACAAACACUUCAGACAAAGAUACGAUUCAUAUUUAUAUGUUUUUAAUAUUUAACUCCAGAAACUGUGUCUUAUUAGAGAAUUUUAAUAAAAAAUUAAAUUUUGUGAACUUUUAGUCAAUUUUAUCUUCAUUAUAUUUUCCUUCCCAGCCAAUCAGCACUGAUGUCACAUCAUGUUAUAUUUCUAAACAUACUUUGUGUCCUGUU